AUGGAGAUGGACGCCGAAGUGCAGGCGCUGCUGAAUGCGACAAGCGGAGGCGGUACUGGGGGCGGCUGGUGCCCGCAUUCCUGGGACCGACUGCUCUGUUGGCCACCAACCAAGGCCAACACUGCCGCCGUCCUGCCGUGCUUCGCCGAACUCAAUGGCAUCCCCUACGACACUUCUCAGAACGCGUCGCGGUGGUGCCACGCGAACGGCACGUGGGACGGCUACAGCAACUACUCGCUGUGCCGCGACCUCAGCCAGCUGCCGGCCGCGGACCGCGUCGAGGUGGCGACGGCGCUCUACUACGCCGGCUACACGCUGUCGCUCGUCGCGCUCUCCGUCGCCGUCUGCAUCUUCCUCUACUUCAAGGACCUCCGGUGCCUGAGAAAUACCAUCCACACCAACCUCAUGUUCACCUACAUGCUCGCCGACUUCAUGUGGAUCGUCACCACCACUCUACAGGUGCUCGUGCAGACAGACGCCUCCUCGUGCGUCAUUCUGAUGCUGCUACUGCACUACUUCCACCUCACGAAUUUCUUUUGGAUGUUCGUUGAAGGUCUGUACCUGUAUAUUUUGGUGGUGGAGACAUUUACGGGGAAAAAUAUACAACUCAGCGCCUACGUAAUAAUUGGCUGGGGCGCUCCUGCCGUGUUCGUAUUGCUCUGGGGGAUUGUCAAGAGCUUUGCACCAAGAGCGACGGAGCAGCAGGUGCACAGCACGGAGUCUCUGCUGCGACACUGCCCGUGGAUGAGCCCAGACAGCUACGACUGGAUCUACCAGGCGCCGGCCAUCGUCGUGCUGGCGCUCAACCUCGUCUUCCUCGUCAUGAUCAUGUGGGUGCUGAUCACGAAGCUGCGCUCGGCCAACACGGUGGAGACUCAGCAGUACCGCAAGGCGACCAAAGCGCUGCUGGUGCUGAUCCCGCUGCUGGGCAUCACCUACAUCCUCAUGAUCGCCGGGCCCACAGAGGGCUUCUCCGCCGAAAUCUACCUCUACCUCAGGGCCGUGCUGCUCUCCACACAGGGCUUCACGGUGGCGCUGUUCUACUGCUUCCUGAACUCGGAGGUGCAGAACACUGUGCGGCACCACCUGGAGCGCUGGAAGACGGCGCGCACGGUGGGCGGCUCCAGGCGCUACACGCGCAACUACAGCCGUGACUGGUCGCCGCGCUCGAGGACUGAGAGCAUCCGGUAA